UACACAAGCUUUUCUUUGUUGUUUGUUUAAUCUCAAUAACCAAAAAAAUUGGGCAGAAGAGCAUUUCUUGUUGAAUUUUUUUUUUUCCCUCUGCCAUUUCUAACUCUGUUUUAAAAAAGUUAUUGAGAUUGAAUUUCAAACAAAAGCAAAGAAGACAAUAAAAAAAAUAUUAAAAAAUGUCAUUCACAGGAACAUUGGAUAAAUGCAAAGCUUGUGAUAAGACUGUUUACUUUGUUGAUUUGUUGUCUGCUGAUGGAAUAACUUAUCAUAAAUCUUGCUUCAAAUGCACACAUUGCAAAGGAACUCUUGUGAUGAGCAACUACUCCUCCAUGGAUGGAGUCCUCUAUUGCAAGACACAUUUUGAACAACUUUUUAAGGAAUGUGGAAACUUUAGCAAGAACUUUCAGACUUCACCUAAGCCUGACAAGGAAAAUGCAUUGGCAAGAACUCCAAGCAAACUCUCUGCCAUGUUUUCUGGAACCCAAGACAAAUGUGCAGCCUGCACCAAAACUGUCUAUCCUCUUGAAAAGGUGACAAUGGAGGGAGAAUCAUUCCACAAGUCAUGUUUCAAAUGUGCUCAUGGAGGGUGUCCACUUACACAUGCAACAUAUGCAUCACUUGAUGGAAUCCUCUAUUGCAAACAUCAUUUUGCACAACUUUUCAUGGAGAAAGGCACGUAUCAACAUGUUCUUGAAGCUGCAAAUAAUAAGAAGAAUGCUGAUCAAGCAGCAGCUAAUGAAGUAGUUGAAGAUGAGGCUACAAAAACAGAUGAGCAACCAGAAAAGGAACCUCAUGAGGAAGAGUCACAAGAAUAACCCUAAGAUAUUGGAUUAUUGAUGAAUUUUUAUUAUAAUUAAAAAUAAUCCAAAUUUGUUUGUAUGUUGCUGAUCAGUAAAUAAAGCUUUUCCUUUUCUUUUUGUGAUCAAUAGAUAAACCCUCUUAUUGUAAUCAAA